CCGUGGAAGAUCCAUCCGCCCACAGACAGUCGCGUCGUCGCGUCUCCCUCCCCGCAAUUAAGGAACAUUUUCCAAAACUCCCGUCCAGCUUGCUCCUUUCCUGCUCGUCGUCAAAUGUCUAGUCCGGAGUGCCAUUCCGCUUUGUAAACAACUGAAGAAAAGAUAGGAGCCCCCCAAAAAAAAAUUACCGAAAAAAAAUGGCCUCCCAAAACUUCCUAGGCGCCUCCAUCACGGGCGGCACCCGAGAAAAGACGUACUUUGAGCAGCAGCGCGAAGCGCUGAUUGGGGAAAUCGCAAACAGCUUUGAGCACGUGUUGGCGAACAUCAACAAGCUGAACCGCUCGUUGGAGGCUGUUAUUACUGUUGGCAACGAAUUCUCCUCUGUCGAAGCCCUCUGGUCGCAGUUUGAGAAUGUCAUGGCGAAAGAUCCCUCCGAAGCACAGGGACAGCAACAGCAGCAGCAACAGGAACAGCAACAACAUCAAGCCGAGCAAGGAACAACAACAACAGCACGACAAGAACACGGACAGACACGGGGCGAAGAAGGACGACAAGAGGAGGACGAUACCAAGAUGGAGGUGGAUGAGGAGGAUAGCAAGAUCAAGAUGGAGAGGUGAAUCGGGCACGGAAGGAGAUCCAAGGACAACAUGUCACGUCCGAAGAAUGGACGUCGGAGAACAAAAGCGCGGGCAACGGACAACUGAACGUUGGGAUUGUACGAUUAAAUCAUACGGAAGAAUGGAUAAGAUACCCAGGCAAUUAGGACAAUACGAAAGCAUUC